CAAAAAUAUCGUACAAAUUUCUUUCAACCGUGAUGUAACCUCAAAAUUUUAAUAGGUGAAGUAAAGCAGCUGAUUUAAAUUGUUUAUUUAAAUCAAUCAGAAUUACGACUCUCAAAUCUUAAAUGGUCCCUUCAUAUAAAAAUAAAAAACACACAAACUUCCAACAUUCGAAGUCUUGAUAAUAUUUUUAUUUCAUUUCAUGGAUAGCUAAUGUUGAUUUAUUUUUACUUUAAAAUUCAAUUAACGAAAAUGUUUUCUCAAAAAAUACGUGUUUUUAAUUUACUACAAAAAUUGCGCAGUCCGUGGAAUCAAAAUAAAAUAAGUAAUCACAAUUUACCAAAAUCUUUUCAAGAAAGUAAAAGUUUAAAAUCAUCUUGUUUUAACGACGAUGUUCUUUCGAAAAUCUUGUACAGUUCAUUUUUGGAUAUGCAAAAGCUAAAAUUGGGAUAUGUAGGGAAAAUGAUUAACCAAGAUAUUAUGAAAAAGCGUAAAUUUAAAAAGGCAGCAGAUAAAAUUAGGGAAAAACCAUUUUCGGUAGCGUUAAAAUACCUAGAUGUGGACACCAACAUUAGAAGAAAAAAAGAAAGGAACUCUGACAAUUUAACAGAUGAAACUACAUAUCAAGCGGAAAUCUCGAAUUUUCCAAAAUCUUGGUUAGAUGAAUACGAAUUUUAUAAUGAAAAUGAUGAAAGCAAAAAUUCUGAGUAUGGCACUUGCGACCCUCAUAUUCCGCCUUCCAAUAUUCCGUGCGGCGGAUGUGGAGCUCACCUUCAUUGCGUUGAUCCUGGAUAUCCUGGAUAUAUACCUUUGGAAAUUUUUAAUGGAAGAACUGAUGAAGAACUCAAGACAGUUACUUGUCAAAGAUGUCACUUUUUAAAACACUAUAACAUAGCUUUAGAUAUAGCAUUAGGCCCAGAAGAUUAUAUUAAGAUGUUGUCGGUGAUCAAAGACAAAUUUGCCUUAGCAGUUUUAAUUAUAGAUCUUACCGAUUUUCCGUGUUCUAUUUCACCGGAAUUAAAAGAAAUAAUAGGCGAGAAAAGACCCGUUGUUAUUGUUGGAAAUAAAGUUGAUCUCCUUCCAAAUGAUUCAAAAGGUUAUAUAGCAAAUAUAAAGAACGUUUUAAUUGAAACUGUUAAUAGUUUUGGUCUAGAUAAAAUUAAUUUAAAAGAAACAUGUUUAAUAUCUGCGAAAACCGGAUACGGAGUUGAGGAACUAAUUACCGUGUUACAUAAAAUUUGGAAAUAUAAUGGUGACGUAUAUUUAAUGGGAUGCGCGAAUGCUGGAAAAAGUUCCCUAUUUAAUGCUUUAUUAAAAUCCGAUUACUGUAAGGUUGAAGCUACCGAUAUAAUAAAAAGAGCAACAACGUGUUCUUGGCCUGGAACUACAUUAAAAUUUUUAAAAUUCCCUAUUUUAAGACCUUCAGAUAUUAGAGUGUAUGAAAGAUUUCGCCGUCUUAAAUCUGAACAAAUGCAAAAAGAAGCCGAAAAAAAUUUACGAAGAGACCAACUAUCAGUAACAGGAAAAAUCAGGGAUGCUACUUUAAUUGGUCAUAUUGGUACAACAUUCAAAAAUAUAACAGAGGUGAAUGAUCCAUUUUCUCCAGCAACAGCCGUUCAACCUAUUCUAACUCUAGAUGAAAAUAGUAAGAUUUAUUCCCAAAGUAAAUGGUGUUAUGACACUCCUGGCGUUAUACAUUCAGAACAGCUUCAUGAUUUGCUAACUACAGAAGAAUUGCUUUUGGCAAUACCAACGCAAAUGAUUACUCCACGUGCUUUUAAAAUAGCGGUUGGAAUGACUCUCUUUUUGGCUGGACUUGGGAGGAUCGAUUUUGUUAGUGGAAAUUUGGAUUAUGUGAAGUUGUACGUAUUUUCUUCAUUAAAAUUGCCAAUACUUAUAACGAAUACUGUUGACGCGAAAUAUGUUUACCAUAAAUUAUUAGGAUCUCCGUACUUACAAGUUCCUAAAGGUGAUAUUGAUCGUUUGGCUAAAUGGCCUGCUUUAGAAUCAUCUGAAAUAAUUGUAGAAGGUAUUGAUAAGGAUAUAGCUACUAGUGAUAUAUUAUUGUCAUCAGCUGGUUGGGUUAGUUUAAAAUUAUCAAACACAGAGAAGUGCAAAUUUUUAGUUUGGUCUCCAGAAAAACGAGGAAUAUUUUUAAGAAAGCCAGCUUUAGUACGAUAUCCUGAUAAAUUAUGUGGCAACAAAAUCAGGAAGUCACUGGCUUACAAAAUUGGAAAACCCUUUGUUCUUUAUAAAAAAUAAAUUAAAGUUAGAACUUUUUUCUCUUUUUCA